CAAUUCACUUUUUCAUCAUUUUCAUAUAUACAAAAUCACCUGUUCCUGUCAUUGAACCACCAAAAAUCCAGUUUAAGGUGGGAGAAAGAGGUUAAGGGUUUCCAUUUUCUCAUUGGGAUUGCCUUUCCUCUUUCAUAACAGUAUUCAUUUGUUUCUAUGAGGAAGUUGUGUCCUAAUGUUGAUAAAGAAAAUGGGUUAGAUACCGUCCUGGAGGUGCCUAUACCGGAGGAGAUGUUCACCAACAUGGGCAGCAAUGCCGCUGUGCGUUGGCACAAUUUGCGUGCUUUGAUGAAAGCUCAAGGCGUAGAUAAGAAAUCACGUCUCGCGGCUGCAUCGAGCAGCGAGUUCAUGGCGUUGUUAAAGCUUGUUGGUUCUCCUCUCAUCCCCUUUCAAGUCCAACCUGACCAAUCACUUACCCGCCCCAUCAAAAAUUGUUCUAUUGAAGCUUCUACUGCCAAGUAUAUAGUGCAACAGUACAUAGCAGCAAUUGGAGGGCAAGCAGCAUUGAAUUCAGUGAACAGCAUGUAUGCUGUGGGACAAGUAAAGAUGGUUGGGUCGGAAAUGCGGCAGGGUGAUGGUAGUGUGCAUGCCAGAGGCAAUUGCGAGGUUGGUGGGUUUGUGCUAUGGCAAAAGAAUCCAGACCUUUGGUACUUGGAAUUGGUUGUUUCUGGUUUGAAGGUUAGUGCAGGGAGCGAUGGCAAGGUGGCCUGGAAUCAAUCCUCCUCUCAACCUUGCCAUGCUAAUAAAGGCCCUCCAAGGCCCCUCCGUCGGUUCUUCCAGGGACUGGAUCCGAGGGUUAUAGCUAACUUGUUCCUAGAUGCGGUAUGCAUUGGAGAGAAAACCAUAAAGGAAGACGACUGUUUCAUACUCAAGCUUGACACGGCUCCCCACAUUCUCAAAGCGCAAUGUACACCCAACACCGAAAUCGUCCACCACACAGUAUGGGGGUAUUUCAGCCAACGCACAGGGCUUCUCAUCCAAUUUGAGGACACAAAACUGGUGCGAAUGAAGUCAAUUAAAGGGAAUCAUGACAAUGUGUUUUGGGAAACAAGCAUGGAAUCGUUUAUCCAGGAUUACAAGUACAUCGACGGGAUUAAUAUAGCUCAUGCUGGUCGGACUGCUACGACUCUGUACAGGUAUGGAGAGGCAUACAAUCACAAGCGAAAGAUUGAAGAGACUUGGAGGAUUGAAGAGGUUGAUUUCAACAUUUGUGGUCUCUCCAUGGAUUGCUUUUUGCCUCCUGCUGAGCUUAAGAGGGAACAACAGGAUGCAGAGCCUGGAGUUGCAAUGACCUGACUUUUUUUAUUUUUAUUUUUU